AUGGCUAAUGACGAAUUUGAUCUCGACGCUACUGCAUCUGGGGGAGGCGGAGUUUGCAUUGAGCUGAAGUGGGCUACACUGGACAUUCCGGCCGGCAGACAGGUGGGUGAGCCGCAAGUCGGACAGAUCGACACCUGCUGCCUGCCAAUCGGAUGCGAAACCGACAGGGACGUUCAAGGGGAGCACCCAUCCCCUCCGGGGUUGGUGCGUCGGCCCCCCCCCCCAACGCCCCCGCGCCCCCUCCUGCCCCAGACGGCCAGUCGAGGCCGCUGGGUGGUCCACGUUUCAACGAAACGACAACGUGCACAUCUGGCCCAGCCUAAUUUCAAGGCGCAUAAUCUCACCAAGGUGACUAGCGAUCUCUACUGUAUAUUUACUCGUGAAAAAGAAUACCAGACAACUAACCAGCACGACUCUCUUUGCCUUCAAAAAUUGCUGCAGCCCAACUUCCUGACUAUGCAUCUGUGA